AUGCAGGCGAUUAGGUCCUUCGUUAAAUAUGCCAUGAUUUUCGGAGUUGUCCUCAUGACUUUGCAGAAAUUCGCCUCCAAGGGUAUUCAGCCUCGGACAGUGGCUCCAGCAUACGGUCUCGCUGAGCACACUCUUAUUGUAACUGGAAAGGGCGACUGGCAAUCCAGUGCCAGCGUUCUUUAUGUUGACGCUCUGAAGUUGAGGGCGGAGCGUAUCGUGGAAGUCUUCACCCCGGAAGAAGCAGCAACGAAACCUCCAGGCGAAGUGCAGGAUGUCGUCAGUUGCGGCUUUCCAUUUCAGGGCGUCACUGUUAAAAUCAUGGAUCCCGAAACCCAUCGAGAGUUGCCAGAUAGACACGUCGGGGAAAUCGUUGCAUUCAGCGAAUCGGUUGCCCUAGGGUAUUUCAACAAGCCGGAGCAGACUGAAAGCACAUUUCGGGUCUCUGUAAUAGAUGCACAAGGAAACAGGACUCCACCUACUGGGCUCCGCACUGGUGACUGUGGUUUUAUGCACAAGGGAGAACUCUACGUGACUGGUCGGUUCAAAGAUAUAAUCAUCAUCAGGGGCCGGAAUUACUACCCCUCGGAUAUCGAAGAGUCUGUUCUAGAAGUUCCGCAAGUUCGGCCAGGGUGCGUAGCUGCAUUUGCAAUUGAGGCGGAUUCAAAUGAAGUUUUGGGCGUAGCUGCGGAGCUGCGUGUCGAAGACGGUUUGAGGGGUGUCUGGGCGCGCGUGCGUCGGCAACUCUUCGAUAGGUCUAGCUACGACCAAAUUGUAAAAAAUAUAUGUAAAGCAGUCGCCAGCUCUACAGGCCUCAGUGUGCAAAGGGUGUGGCUUCUACGACCCCGUAGCCUGCCGAAGACGAGCAGCGGAAAACUUCGAAGGUCCCUCGCCCGCGACAAGUUGCUUGAAGGCAAACUCGAUGGCGUUAUUCAUACGUACACCCAUCAUGCUCACCAAACAGAAGGUCCACCGAACUCCACAAGAGCCGUUGCAAAUGCGCCCUCCAAGCCUACCACCAACCAGAGUUCCGAGCCCUCACACAAGGGACAUGAGGAAUCCGGACCUAAUCAUGAGGCUGUGGUGAAGAGCGUAAGAGAAGCAGUGAUUGAUGCAGCAAAGAAUGUGCUUGGAGAUGUGAACGAGUUGCCAGACAUGCAGGCGCCACUGCAUGAGUUGGGAGUUGAUUCCAUUGCGGCCGUGGAGCUAGCCGAGCUUGUGUCUGAAAAGUUGAACAUCGACAUCGAACCAACGUUAAUGUUCAAUUAUCCGACGAUGGAAGACAUCAUAGACUUCUUGGUGCGGGAAAUAGAGGGAAAGGGUGGAGAAGACGCACUAACCGUUAACACCAACACCUCGGAAGUGACAAUGGCUGUUGUGGGCGCAGCAUGCAACCUGCCUGGAGGUAGCACAUCCCUCAGUUCAUUCUGGGAUGCUCUCAUGUGCGGCGUUGAUGCAAUGGUGGAGGUUCCUCGGUCAAGGUGGGAUGUAGAGGACUACUUCGACCCAGACCCGGAUGCAGAAGGCAAAAUGUACAUCCGGGAAGGUGGUUUUAUUGAAAAUGCCGAAUAUUUUGACGCGUCCUUCUUCAGAAUUUCAUUGGCGGAGGCAUCGAGUAUGGAUCCGCAGCAAAGGCUUCUGCUGGAGGUCGGGUACGAGGCCUUGCACGACAGUGGCUUUGACAAGGACAGCUUGCUCCGGGCAAACAUUGGAACAUUUGUAGGAUGCUGCUGCAACGAAUGGCAGCAGACCUGCGCUCAAAUGGGUCUGGGAAUCAGCAGCUUUACAGCAACCAGUCACGCUCCCUCCAUUUUAUCAAACCGUCUGUCGUACACUCUUGGGAUGCUGGGCCCGUCCUUAACAGUUGAUACUGCAUGCUCUUCUUCUCUUGUGGCGUUGCACCUAGCCAUUCAAGAGCUCAAGGCAGGAAGCUGCACGUCUGCCUUGGUGGCAGCAAUCAACCAUGGAGGGCGCGCGGCAAGUCUGACAGCGCCCAGUGGUCCCUCGCAAGAGCGAAUAAUUCGGACCGCUCUCCGUAACGCCGGCGUAUCUCCGGAUGAAGUGCUGUUUGUUGAAACCCACGGGACGGGGACGCCUCUGGGAGAUCCGAUCGAGAUUGGCGCUCUCAAGGCUGUAUUCAGAUCCAGCAGGGACUCCCCGCUUCUCUUAGGUGCGGUAAAGACGAACAUCGGACACCUUGAGGGUGCAGCAGGUAUCGCCGGGUUUCUUAAGGCCGCGUUGGCUCUUCGACAUGAACAGAUUCCUCCAAAUUUGCAUUUCAAGACUUGGAAUCCUCACAUUGACCUCAAGGGAGUGGAAGGCUUGCACAAGUGCCGUGUACUUUACGAGAGCGACUCGGCCUUCGCAAAAGCCAUCAACGACUGUGGCGAUAUACUUAAGCGUUUGGUUAGUGUUCCACUUCUUUCCAUUCUCUUCUCUGAGAAGGACACACCGAAGGAUGCGGAAAGGGGUCACGGCCAACAAACCCAGCACUGGCUGCGGCAGACACGUUUCGCGGAUCCUGCACUUUUCGCAUUCGAAUAUGCCAUCGGCCGCAGCCUCAUUGCACAGGGUGUCAAGCCAGAUGCUGUCAUGGGCGUAGGUGUAGGAGAAUUCGUUGCUGCGGCAAUUGCAGGGGUCAUGAGCUUGGAAGACGGGCUACGGGUUGCGUGUCAAAGGGCAAAACUUGUGGAGACAUUCCUGCCAUCUGAUACUGUAGCCGUGGCCUGUAGGGUGGGUGAAAAGGAUGUGGAAAUGGCUAUUUCCGAGGCCGGAGGAGCAGCAGGCUCUACUUCGUCGGUUGCUAUGUCCCUAGUUUACGGGCAGAAGCAGCUGGUCUUAACGGGAGUUCAGUCGGAGCUGGAAUCCGUGUUAAUGAAGCUUGACAUAGCUGGUCGUUUCAAAUACCUGCCUGACCGUGUGGGCUUCUCGUCGCCUCUGUUGUCAGACGUCGUUACUCCCCUGGCUCGGAUCAUCGGUGGUGUAAAGUUGUCGCGUCCCACCGUAAAGAUGAUCUGCCCAACAACCGGAGAAUUCUGUGAUGAACAAGUCCUCAGCGCCCAUUACUGGACCCAACACUUGAUAAGAACAAGCGUUGACGAAAUGGCGAAGGAUGUUGAAUGGGUGUUUGCCUUCCCAGCAGCUGAGGAGGAUACAAGUGACAGGCAAACCUCCGCCGUUCAAAAGUGCCUGAAGGUUAUUGACAGGGUUGGUGAGCAGCUCGAAAUGGAGCAUUGUUUACAUGGACAGGAUGAGACACUCUACCGCCGAAAACCCAUCCCGUGGGUACAUAUUCCCCACCCUUUCGUUGGCAAGCAACGCGAGCUUGGGGAUGGUGGAUUCCUGUUUGAGACGUCUUUCCCCCGCCGCGCGGUGCCGUUGUUUGCCGAUCACAUGGUAAACGGGAAGGCUAUGAUGCCUGGCAUGGGGAUGGCGGAAAUUAUUGCCAGUGCUGCCUUUGCUCUAGACCUAAAGACCCCGUCUGGAGCGGUUGCGCUGGAAAAUGCAUUUUUCGAAAGGCCGAUGCUGAUUGGCUCCCAGCGUGUCACAUACGAGUUUAACACGCGAACCGGCAACCGCAACUGCGGCAGGCUCAGCCCCCGUACAGUUCGGACUCCAAGAAGGGUUAAUGACGCUUAUGUCCGCAGACCACGGGCAGACAGUGAAUCUCGUGGCUUCUCAACCCCGGGACUGGCUAGUCCAUCUCUUGCUCCAAGUGCUUGGCUCGUUUCACCGGUCAGCAGUAAGGAAAGCACUCCGAAGUUAGCGUCAAUCGAACCGCGCGUGAAGGACCUGAGGCUCAAAGCGGAGCUGGAGGAAGUAACGCAGUCCCUUUUAUCGAACCGCGGAGCGCUGCCUGAUGACCAGGUUGUCCCUCAAGACGUUGAGAUGACAAUUCGAUGCCACGUCAUGAAGAACCUCGGUGUUGAGCUGAGCAGCGUGUGGGAUGAUGAAACAAACGUUCACUGCAGCGCCAGAGUUGUUCUUAGGGAACAGAAUAGAGAAGAGACGUUGCCAUCUUUGAAGGAUCUGCAGGAGCGCUGCAAUCAGACGGUUUCGGUUAGCCAGCUAUACGAAACCUUGUUUGAUUUAGGGCUUCAAUAUGGACCGCGUUUCCGCUCAGUGCAUAGUAUUUCGCGGUCAGAGUCAGAGGCGCUGGCUCGCUUGAUGCUACCCGAGGGCUGCAAGCAAGAUUCGUUUGAGAGCGGCUUCCUAGUGCAUCCUGCCCUUCUUGAUGGAGCGCUUCAUGUUGCCGCUUCGCUCAUUGGGAGGCACGCUUCUGGUGCUCACGUAUCUAUGGUCCCAGUUGGUGCUGGCAGCAUAUGGCUGAGGAAGCUGGAGGUUAAGGCAGGCUGUUGGGCGCAUGUGGAACUGCUAGAAUGCCGAUCGCGAUCGGCAGUGGUGAAUGUGCGGAUUUUUGACGACAACUGGCAGGUCGUCGCCUCCCUUGAGAAAGUUGCCCUUAGAAACGUUGAUAUUGGGGGCAGCGUCGGUGCCAGCAUACCGCGAGAUCUCAUUUGGAAGGUUAGAUGGGAAAAACGGGCAGAGCUAACGUCUCAGCCACAGGAUCACGCACAAACCAAGGGGCCAGUGCUGGUCCUCGGUGGUAGCUUGCAACUCAUGGAGGCAUUUUCGAAUGCACUAGGAGGCGAGGGCUAUGGUAGAGUUCUUAGUGUCGAAGAUAUUCCGCCAACAAGACCAAAAGUCCAAGACCUGCUGUCCAGCGGCAACUGGAGGGCGAUAGCCUUUGUAGAGGCGUUGACUGCUGAUGAGUAUGCCUUUCUAGACGUUCCCCACGCAGCAAUUCGUCUUCUGCAAGCGUAUUCAUCAUUGCUAAAUAAUGGGGUCACAGUUCCCCCCAUGUGGUUCUUCACUAAGGACAUUAUGGAAGCGCCGACAGAAGAGGAGCAAACUCCUCCACAACCCGACCUUCCUGCUCACGCUGGACUUUGGGGGCUUGUGAAGGCAGCCCGACUGGAGAUUGAAGUUUCCACUGGUAGCGCGACCCAGAUUGGCUGCCUUGAUAUUGCACCUUUGGAAAAAGAUGACGACAUUGCCAAGGCAGUCGUAACUUUCCUGCGCUCCAGCAUGGCGACAUCCGAUGAAAACGAGUUGAUGCUGCGUAGCAACACCUUGUAUGCAGCACGGCUAGAGAAAAGCGACUUAGCUGUUCGGGGAGCCCUUGAACUGUACAUGCCAGAACGAGGCGCCAUUUCAAACUUGGUGGUGCGGCCCCAAGCUUUUGCAGCUAGGGUGCCACCAGAGCACAAUCAGGUUGAGGUUCGCGUGAGGGCAGUUGGUCUCAACUUCCGUGAUGUGCUUAACGUUAUGGACCUUUACCCUGGAGAUCCUGGGCCGCCAGGUGCCGACUUCGCUGGAACAGUAGUGGCCGUAGGGGAUGAAGUGGAGCAUAAUCUGCUGCAUUGCCGGUAG